AUGGGUGUAUAUUGUUGUAAUAUAUGUGAUAACCAACUUUUUAAAGUUAGUUCAGAGACAUCUGCACCAGAGGGUGCUGGUGAUGAUUCAUCUUAUAAAUAUUUUACCGAUUAUGUUGUUGAUAGUUGUAACUUUAAUAAAGAGUUUCAAUUUGGUAUCCUAAGUGUUAUUAUCAAUUGUAAAGGCUGUUAUGAACAAAUAGGUGAAAUAACAACAAAAGAUGGAAAUGAUAUCUAUUCUAUCACAACAGAUUCGAUUAAAUUGGUGGAAUCAGCUAAUGAGGAAACCUAUGAAACAACCGCAGAGUAUCAGCUCACUGAUAAAGUAGAUGAGGAACUCAGAGAGAGAUAUAGAAAAGUAUUCGAUAUGAAGACUGCUACCUCUACAUUGUCAAAUGAUAGUGAAGCACCAAAUAUGACAACAACAACAACCACCACUACUACACAACAAUCACAACAGUUACCACCACAACAACCAAGACCAGCAGUCUCCAAACAACAAGGUAAACCAUCGUCAAUGAAGAAGCCAACAACAUCAAGAUCGAGUGGUGCUGCUGCCAAGCACAAAUUUAAGAAGCGUGUUAGAAUCAACGAGGAAGCAGGUACCACAGAGGAAGGAGAAGAAGAAGAUAACAACACUGACCAAGUGAGAGAUGGUACCAAAUGGAUAGGUGUUGAUCCAUUGUUUUACACAUCUGUCGGUCUAUUUGGUUUAUUAUAUACUAGUGUAUCAGUUGCAAGAUAUAUUAUAACAAACUAUUACUAA